CGCGGGACGAAGCGAGCCAACGAUGCGUCGCCACUCCUCCGCGCCUCUCCCACUCCCCCCUCCUUCCUGCCGAGCCAACGGCGUCGGCGGCGAUGCCGUCCCCCACGUGCUACCUCCUCCUGCACCCUUCCAGGACCUGCCACCGCCUCCUCCCGCCGUCUCCGCGCCUCCCCGCCCGCUGCGCCCGCCUCCGUGUCUCCUGCGACGUGCCGCGGCAGGGGGGUGACGGCCCCAAGCGCGGGGUCAUCCCCGCCGGACCCGGAAAGGGCAAGAAGAAGGUCGUGUUCUUCGACGCCGCGCCACCGGUGGCCCAGCAGGGAGACGGCGAGGAUGGGAAGGGGAAUGCGCCGGAGGCGAAGAAGGACGGCGCGGCGCUGCGGGCGCUGAGGCGCGCCACCAAGCGGACGCUGUCGGUCCUGUCCAACCUCCCGCUCGCCAUCACCGAGAUGUUCGCCAUUGCCGGCCUCAUGGCCCUGGGCACGGUGGUUGACCAGGGAGAGCCGCCGAGCCACUACUUCGAGCAGUUCCCCGAGGACAACCCGGUGUUCGGCUUCAUCACCUGGAGGUGGAUCCUCACCCCCGGCUUCGACCACAUGUUCUCCUCGCCGGUCUUCCUUGGCUUACUCGCGCUCCUCGCGGCGUCGCUGAUGGCCUGCACAUUCACCACCCAAUUGCCCAUGGUGAAGGUGGCCAAAAGAUGGUCGUUUAUGAGUUCAGGGGGAAGCAUUAGGAAGCAAGAUUUUGCGGAAUCUCUUCCCCGCGCAUCUAUUCAGGAUUUAGGGGUCAUCUUGAUGGGUGCCGGAUAUGAGGUCUUCACAAAGGGCCCAUCCUUGUAUGCCUUCAAGGGCCUGGCUGGUCGGUAUGCGCCUAUCGGUGUGCACGUGGCGAUGAUUUUUGUCAUGGCAGGUGCCACUCUUUCUGCGACCGGAAGCUUUAAAGGCUCGGUGGAUGUUCCUCAAGGACUGAAUUUCGUCAUUGGAGAUAUCAUGAAACCCAAAGGCAUUUUCUCGGUCGCGCCAGAUGUUUUCAAUACGGAAGUCCAUGUCAAUCGGUUCUACAUGGAGUACUAUGAUAGUGGAGAGGUUUCACAAUUUUAUAGCGAUCUUUCACUUUUCGACCUUGAUGGCAAAGAAGUAAUGAGGAGGACGAUCAAAGUUAAUGAUCCUCUGAGGUAUGGUGGGAUCACGAUAUACCAAACGGAUUGGGGGUUCUCAGCAUUACAGGUGAAGAAAAAUGGUGAAGGACCUUUUAACUUGGCCAUGGCACCCUUGCAGCUGAAUGGCAAUAAAAAGCUAUACGGAACAUUCUUGCCACUUGAAGACUCUGAUUCUUCAGGUGUCAAGGGAAUAUCAAUGCUUGCUCGAGAUCUUCAGUCUAUUGUGUUGUAUGAUCAAGAUGGCAAGUUUGUAGGAGUUCGCCGGCCAAGCUCUAAACUCCCCAUUGAAAUCAAUGGCAAUGAAAUAUUAAUUGAGGAUGCUAUUGGCAGUACUGGUCUGGAUCUCAAGACUGAUCCAGGAAUUCCUAUCGUGUAUGCUGGAUUCGGCGCGCUCAUGUUGACGACCUGCAUUAGCUAUCUUUCACAUGCUCAGUUAUGGGCGCUGCAAGACGGAACUACAGUAGUUGUUGGAGGAAAGUCGAAUCGAGCCAAGAUUGAAUUUUCUGAUGAGAUGAACCGGUUACUUAAUAAGGUACCAGAGUUGGUCAGUGUUGGUGAGAAAACAAUAGAUAAUAAAUCAAGCACUGCGUGAGGAUUCCAUUUAUUGGGUGAGAUUGCUGAAGACGCAGGUGUGGGAUUGAGAUUGGUUCUUAGACAAGCCCCUCUUGAACAGGAAAUCUUACCUUCUAUUUGGUGAAGACAAUUCCUGUGUCAGUUGGGCUCUGUAUUCAUCAUUGAGGCCAAAUUUGCUUGCAAGGAAAAUAUUGUACAUUCUGAUGGAUCUAUGGUGUUAUCGUAUCGAAAGGAAACUGAUUUUGUCACUAUUAGGACAGAGCAAAGUGAUAAAUAUAAAUUAUACCUUGAUGUCGAA